GGCACCACUGUAGCAUGGCUGUCGUCGUAUUUCCUCUUCCUUUCCCUACAGAUAGCAACCAUGCCUCCUAAAAAGGAUACRAAGGGUUCUUCAAAGCAACCACAGAAGACCCAAAAGAAAAAAGAAGGUGGGUCUGGUGGAAAAGCAAAGAAGAAGAAGUGGUCCAAAGGAAAAGUUAGAGAUAAAUUAAACAAUCAAGUGUUGUUCGAUAGAGGUACAUACGACAAAUUGUUAAAAGAAGUACCGCAAUACAAAUUGAUUACACCAUCCAUUGUAAGCGAAAGACUAAAAAUCCGAGGAUCUCUGGCAAGAAGAGCAUUAAUUGAACUACAACAAAAAGGUUUAAUCAAACAAGUAGUUCAACAUCAUGCACAACUUAUUUAUACAAGAACAACUAAGGGAGAUGAUCCAACGGCAUAGAAAUGUCAUUUGUAUGGUUGAUUAAUAAAUUAUGUAAAAUGAUAUUCCUUACAAAAUGAA